UCGGCUCCACGUAAAUAAAGUUUUGGUCUGCGGAACUUUAAUGAUUGCUUAUCGCGGAGGCAAACAGGUGGAUUGCUUAUUUUAUGGCAGUAAACCGUCAAAACGGACGUGGACAUAGCCGCUACACAGACUUGGAGGAGUCGGAUGAGCAAUGGGCAAGGAUCAACAUUUGCUGGAGGCAUCGCGAGGCGGCGACAUCAAGACGGUAGACAAACUGCUGGAUCACUCAAGCAAACGCCAUGGGCCCUUGUCCAGCUUUCGGCGAAGUCCCAGCAUUAAUUGCCAGGACAUGAAUGGCUACACUUCGCUGCACCACGCUUGUCUAAAUGGCCAUGGUAACAUUGUGCGGCUACUCCUGUCCCACAAUGCCUUGCUGGAUGUUCCCGAUAUACGCGGAUCUACGCCCCUUUUCCUGGCCGCUUGGGCGGGGCACCAGGACAUCGUCAAGAUGCUGCUAAUGCACACUCCCACGGGGGCCAAUCCAAAUGCUCAGACCAUCGAAAACGAAACGCCGCUGCACUCGGGGGCCCAGCAUGGUCACAACGCCGUGGUGGCCAUAUUGCUGUCCUACGGGGCAGAUCCCGCCAUACGCAACAAUAGCUUUCAAACGGCCCUGGAUUUAGCAUCUCAAUUUGGCCGUCUACAGGUGGUGCAGACCCUGCUACGCAUUGAUCCCGACCUGAUAUUGCCAUACAAACGUUUUGAGGAGGACGAGGAGGAGCUUCUGGGCUGCUCGCCCAUUAAACACAUCUUCACCCAUACCUGCUUGCACCUUGCCAGCCGAAAUGGACAUAAAAAGGUGGUGGAAACGCUGCUGGCGGCCGGCGUCGAUGUCAACAUACUCACCCAUGCGGGAAGCGCCCUCCACGAGGCAGCCCUCUGCGGGAAAAAGUCCGUGGUGGUCACCCUGCUUAAGGCCGGGAUCUACGUGCACGCUACCGAUGGAAACGGGCGAACAGCCCUGGACAUACUCUCCGACUAUCCGCCUCAUGUGACCUACGAUAUUGUGGCUGCCAUCAACGAGUUCACCCAAGCGGCGAGGGAACAGCAGAAGCCUGUUGUUGUGGAGAACGGUACGCAGUCGCUGCCCAAGCGGCUGUACGAGAAGAACUCUCAGCGCCAGAAGCUGCCGCCCAGGCAGAGGAAAAAGCAAGAUCACCAAGCCAACGGACUUUCGCACUCUUUAAGCUCGCUGGACGUUUUCGGCAAGGCGCCGGAGAACUAUCUGCAGAUGAAGCCCAUUGUGCAGCAGAAGUCCUGCGACGACAUGAACUGUAUUCGAGGGGAUGGCACUGAUGCAUGGGCCAGCUACAAGCCGGUGUACAAGCAGCAAAUGCUGCCAAUCUUUCGGACCUUUAACGACGUCUCUAACGGAUCGGUUCCCUCGCGAUCGUAUGAGUACAUUAAUAUGCUGAGGAACGGAUCUACCAGCGAUGAGAACUCCGCUAGCACCAGAAGCAACACUGUGGUGCGUCAACAAGCGGUGGCUUCGUAUGUGGAGAUGACGCUGCCAUCGCCACCGGUUCCCAAACCACGCACUCGAAUAAACGGCGAAUACAACGACUAUGCGAAUCUGGUGCCAAUAGAAGAAGGCAGCUGCGUGUUAGCCGUGGACAAUAACAAUAACAGCAAAAAAUUGCGAUCGGUUCGCCAUUCACCCACGCCGGAUUAUCCGCCACCCACGGUCACGGAGGCGGAGCGCACGAUCUUCAGCUUUAUUCAGCCGGUGACGUUGCGCCAGAACGGCCUUCUGGAACCGGGGGAAUCCCCGCGGACCACCACCUCGGUGAGCUCCGACCAGGUGGAGGAAUACGUGGCCGACAAUCCGUUCGCUGGACUGUUUAAGGGAUCAACUCUGAACUUGUCCUCGGAUGUGGUAGAUGGAAAAGUUGGUUUGGAUCGGGAGUUUCUCCGAUCGCCCAGCAUGGUGAGGUCUGCACACGCCCAAAAUCACCGACGCAGCCUCUCCAGGCAGCGAUUCUCGGCAUUGGGAGAGGACUUCAGCGCCUCGCGGGUUUUGGCGGAGAUCGAUACCAUUUUCAAGAACAUCGGUCACGAAUUGUCCGCAGUCGAUCAGAAAGCUGAAGAGCUGUUAGACGAGCCAACAUGUCUGCCUUUGGAGGAUUCGCGGCAAUCGUUGCACAUACGGGAUCCGGCAGAACUGCUUCUGGGCAGAAAACAGAGCGCCACCUCCAAUUGGUGCCACUCUCCAUACACCCUGAUUUAUGGUGAAAUACGAUAUUCCCUGUUUUAUCUUGGCUCGACUGUAAUACGACAGCUACAGGGCACCCUGUCAACUCGCAAAUCCAUUCAGAAGCUGAAGAUAGAUGAGAACAUGAAGUCGGCUGCGAGUGUCAGUGAUUUCAGUUUGCUCGAGAACUGCACCUCAUCCACAAAGUAUCUGAAAGCUGCCAAUCUCCAGACGCGUCUCAAUGUGGACAUUGCCGUUUCCUGCAUCGGCGUUAAGUUCAUAGAUCAUGAGAAAAAGACUGCCAUUUGUUGCCAUGAUAUCGAGAACAUUAAUUGCGUUUGCCAGGACUCGGAAGAUUUGCGCUACUUUGCCUACAUAACCAAGGAACGGGAUCUGCACUAUUGCCACGUCUUUAUGGUGGAUAGCUUGGAGCUGGCUAAGGAAAUUAUUCUUACACUGGGACAGGCCUUUGAAGUGGCCUAUCAAUUAGCUCUGAGCAGACAGGGCACUCCCCUGAACGAGAUGUGCUAAGCCAUUAAAGUGCCACAAGUGUUAAUUAUUUAUUUUAUUGCAUUUCACAUGUAAAUGUAUUUUUCAUUUGCUAGUCCUUGAUGCCAUCUUGAUGCUGGCUUCUCUUCACAUAAGGCAGCUCACAUGUUAAGUAUUUUGAGUUUUUUAAAUAAAUUUAUUACACAAAA